UUUUUUAUACAUUCCAGGGAUUCAUGCUGGACAGAGCGAAUUGCUAUGGAGCAGUCUAUAGCAUUUUUACGUGAAGGUGUUGGUCAGUGUUCCUGUUGCCCAACCACCGGUUGCCAGAAGAAAACGGCACCUGUUGUAGCGAUUGUUGGUCCGGCAAAAAGUUCCACCACUAUUGCAGUGCAAAAUUUGCUACAAGUCUUCCACAUACCCCAAAUUGGUUUUAUGAAAGAGAAGCAAAUAUUUUUUUAUGCUGGAGAAGGUAAGAUCUCUAAGAACUAUCUGAGCAACUCUGAAUACCUUAAUUUUAAGGUUAUGGUGCAACAACCACUGAUCUCUCCGAUAAGGAUCAAUAUGGAUACUUCAUGCGAGUGGUACCGGCAGAUGCCUGGCAAGCUCGACUUGUUAUUGCUAUGUUGGAGCAUUUCAACUGGACCUAUGUGGCGGUCAUUUAUUCAGCUGGUUUGGCAUUUAAAAAUUCAAGGACUAUAA